AUGGGGACGCUGACCACAGCCCACCCGCCCUUCCUGGAGUUCCGCGCCCCGCCUUGCUUCCUCCAGGAGCCCUGCCCUUUUCCUCCUUCCUCCGGAUCCCUGUCCCACCGCCAGUGUGUAUGCUCCUUCCUCUUUCCUCCCGGGGCCCCGCCCCCUUCCUCCUUCCUCCGGGAGCCUCGCCCCACCGCCAGCCUUCCUCCCGCAGCCCCUCCCCUUUCCUCCCGUAGCCCUGCCCCCUCCUUCCUCCUCCUGGAGCCCCGCCCCACCGCCGGCCUUUCUCCGGAGCCCCGCCUCCCCGCCAACCCCUGUCCUCCUUCCUCCCGGAGCCCCGCCCUCUCAGCAAUCCUGUCCUUCCUCCUCCCAAAGCCCCGCCCCCCGCCAAUCACUGGACGCCUUUCUCCCGGUGUCCGGCCCUCCUGCCUAUCUCUAUCCUUUUUCCUCCCGAAGUCCCGCCCCACCGCCAAUCCCUGUCUUCCUUCUUCCCGGAGCCCGGCCCCCGGCCAAUCCCUGUCGUCCUUCCUCUGGAGCCCCGCCCCCCGCCUGUUCCUGUUCUUCCUCCUGGCCCCCAGCCAAUCCCUGUCCUGCUUCCUCCCGGAAGCCCGGCCCCCCGCCAAUCCCGGUGCUCCUUCCUCCGGAGCCCCGCCGCACUGCCCAUCCGUGGGCCCUAAACCCGCGCGCCCAGCGCUGCGUCUCGCGAGAACUUGGCGGCCAGUGGUACAGUCCGUCCCCCCCGCGGGCCCCGGACGGUGGGCCCUUCCGGUCGUAGAAAAGCAUUGUGGGAGCGGCGCGCGGCCCUUCCUGUCUCUGCGCCCGGGGUGGCGGGCGGGUUGCGGCCGGGCAGGGCGGCUGGACGGAGACUCCGGCGCCACGAGUCCCGGGCCCGCAGCCGCACGGCCGGGCCCGGCCACGUGGUCCGCGGGCCGCAGGAGGUCCCGGGGUAGGGGGGGACGGCGGGUCUGGCGCGCACGGGCAGGAGCGCCGCGGAGCGUGGGGCGCCGCAGGGAGUCCGCGGAGAGGAGAGGCGGGGCGAGCUGACGCCGCGGCCCCGGCCAGCGCACCGCACGGGGCCUGCGAAUAAACGUGUCCUCACGCCG